GUUACACCGCCAGGACCCCGCCCCGCGACGUGCCGACCUCCCAUUGCGCAGGCGCAGACACUGACCCAAGAUGGCGGCCCCCGUGGAUCUGGAGUUAAAGAAGGCCUUCACAGAGCUUCAAGCCAAAGUUAUUGACACUCAGCAGAAGGUGAAGCUUGCAGACAUACAGAUUGAACAACUAAACAGAACGAAAAAGCAUGCACAUCUCACAGAUACAGAAAUUAUGACUUUGGUAGAUGAAACUAACAUGUAUGAAGGUGUAGGAAGAAUGUUUAUUCUUCAAUCCAAGGAAGUAAUUCACAAUCAACUUUUGGAGAAACAGAAAAUAGCAGAAGAAAAAAUUAAAGAACUGGAACAGAAGAAAUCCUACUUGGAGCGGAGUGUCAAGGAAGCUGAGGACAACAUCCGAGAGAUGCUCAUGGCCAGAAGGGCGCAGUAGGAGGCCCUGGGGAAGCUUUUCCUGUGGCUCCUCUUCCUUGUGAGGGUGGAGGGCCCAAACCUCUUCUGAUGGAUGUUUAAUCUGGAUGUCUGGUAACCCCAUUUUUUCAGAUCACUGUGCCCCUUCAUAUCCCAGCCCUGUAUUUUUUUUUAUCCUGGUUCUGCUUGACACGCUUGUGUGUCCGUCCAACCCCCCCCCCCCCAC